CGCGAGCAGCUCCGUCGGGGUCGGAGGGCCGCCGGGUGCACGUCCGGCCCGCGCGCCGCCGGCAUGGACCUCUGGCCAUGGCUGAGCGCAGCGCUGCUGCUGCUGCUGCUGCUCGUGCAGCUGAGCCGCUCCGCCAAGUUCUACGCCAAGAUCAGCCUGUACUGCGCGCUCUGCGUCGGCGUUUCCAUCGUGGCCUCGGUGAUCUGCCUGCUGCGCCACGGCGGCCGCACCGUGGAGAACAUGAGAAUCAUCAGCUGGCUCUUGCGCUCCUUCAAGUACAUCUAUGGUCUGCGCUUUGAGAUCCAGGGCCGCGAGAAGCUGGAGGUGGACCGGCCUUGUGUGAUCAUCUCCAACCACCAGAGCAUCCUGGACAUGAUGGGCCUCAUGGAGACCCUUCCCAAGCGCUGCGUGCAGAUAGCCAAGCGGGAGCUGCUCUUCUGGGGCCCUGUGGGCCUCGUCAUGUACCUGGGGGGCGUUUUCUUCAUCAACCGGCAGCGCUCCAGCACCGCAGUGACCGUGAUGGCGGAAGUGGGCGAGCGCAUGGUCAGGGAGAACCUCAAAGUGUGGAUCUACCCCGAGGGUACGCGCAACAGCAACGGGGACCUGCUGCCCUUCAAGAAAGGUGCCUUCUACCUGGCCGUCCAGGCCCAGGUGCCCAUCAUUCCCGUGGUCUACUCCUCCUACUCCUCCUUCUACAACCUCGAGACAAAACUCUUCACCUCAGGAACAAUCAAGGUGGAGGUGCUGGACGCUGUCCCCACCACUGGCCUCACCACAGCCGACAUCCCCAAGCUCGUGGACACCUGCCACCAGAACAUGAGGAGUACCUUCUUCCAUGUGUCCAAGAUGCCCCAGGAGAACAGGGCCAGCGGGGUGUCACGAGCCCUCCCAGCCCAGUAGCCAAGGCCAUGGCUGCGGGCGGGCAGGACGGGUGGGGGCUGGCCAGAUGAUGGACAGGGGACCCCCAGGCUGCCAAAUACCACCGUCUGCUCCCUAGCUCGUGGUCGUCAUUCUGGCCUUGGGCGUGGGGUGGCCCCUCCUGUCUCCAGCUUCAGGUUGAGACCCCCUGACUUCCCUCGGAGGGAGACUGGGACAAGCCCUUCCCAGUGCUGAGGGCAGAGACCCCCAGGCCUCCUGGGUCCUGGGGUGUAAGCAUGCUCCAGGCUGAGCAGCCGUCUGGGGGCUGACGGGCUGAUUAUCAGCCUCAAGCCUGGGGAAAAGCCUGUAGGAGCAGGCCUCCUGGCUCUAGUGACACUGCCCUGGGCCCUGAGGGGGCACAGGGGGCAGGCUCCCAGGCCCUCAGGGAGGGGACAGGGCUGGGAGGGACAUACCCCUCUCUCGUGCUGCCCAGCUGCAGGAAGCCCGAGAGGGACUGGAUCCAUUGCCAGCCAGUAGGAGUGCCUGUGGAGUCGGUGUUGUGCUUGGCUGUUAUUUUUUAUAAACCACUCUUGGAAAUGCCUGGUGAGCUGUGUUCAC